ACAUCUUCUCCAUCCCCUGCACUUCAGCAUAAAAACUCAAUCUGAUAAUAUUUCUUUCUAGCAAUCUUUAAUGGCUUCCAAAAGCAAGAUUUUGAUCAUUGGAGGGACAGGGUACAUCGGCAAGUUCAUCGUCGAGGCGAGCGCCAAGUCCGGCCACCCAACUUUUGCACUGUUGAGGGACACAGAAGCUGUUUCUGGUACUGAUGAGAAAAGUAAACUUCUUCAGAGCUUCAAGAAUUCUGGAGUCACUUUCCUCCAGGGAGAUCUCAAUGAUCAUGAGAGUUUGGUGAAGGCAAUUAAGCAGGUGGAUGUGGUGAUUGUUACUGUAGGAAAGCAAUUGGUACAAGAACAGGUGAAGAUCAUUGCUGCCAUUAAAGAAGCUGGAAAUGUGAAGAGAUUCUUCCCAUCAGAAUUUGGAAAUGAUGCCGAUCGUAUCCAAGCUGUUGAGCCAGCAUUGUCUACGUACAUGAUUAAGGCUUCAAUCCGGCGAGUUGUUGAAUCUGAAGGAAUUCCAUACACCUUUGUUGUCAACAACCACUUUGGUGACUAUUUCUUUCGUACUUUCGGACAAGAUGGAGCCACAGCUCCUCCUCGAGAAAAAAUAGUCAUAAUGGGGGAUGGAAAUCCCAAGGUAGUUUAUAACAAUGAGGAAGACAUUGGGACUUACACAAUUAAAGCUGUGGAUGAUCCAAGAACCUUGAAUAAGAUCUUGUAUAUCAAACCACCUGGUAACAUUCUCUCAUUCAACGAAGUUGUUUCUCUCUGGGAAAAGAAGAUCGGCAAAACCCUCGAAAAGGUCUAUAUUCCAGGGGAACAAGUUUUGAAAAACAUCCAGGGGGCUACUUUUCCUGCAAAUUUAGUUAUGUCACUUAAUCAUGCAGUGUUUGUGAGUGGAGUAAAGUUAGAGAUAGAUCCUUCAAUUGGAGUUGAAGCUUCUGAGCUUUAUCCUGAAGUGAAAUACGCCUCAGUAGAUGAGCAACUCAAUAAGUUUGUGUAAUUAAUAUUCUUUU